AUGGAAAUAUGUACGAGAAUUUUGAUUAUUAAUUUUCAUCCUAGUUUUAAUGAAAAAUCAACUAAUAUAUCUUCUAUCAAAUUGACAACUCUUGAUCAACCUGUCAAUAUGAAUCCAAAUAUCAAUCGAUACUAUAUUAUAUUUGGAAUUUUACACUUAAUAUCAGCUUUUCUCUAUUGGUGGGCAUGGCGUGAUCGAUCAUGGCUUGAUAUUAUAAUGAUACCCGAAUAUUUAAAUCAUAUUGAAGCUGGACUUUAUCUUUGGUCAGCUUUUUGGUAUUCAAAACAAGAUACUCUUGGUGGUUAUUAUACUUUAGCUGUACAUAAAAUCGAAAUGACAGCAGCUAUUAUUGAAGUAGUUGCUUCAUUUGGAUGGAUUAUGUCUUGGUAUUUGACUUAUACUCGUACAUUAGGUCGAGGUUUUACUUUCGAUGAUCCAGAUACUGUUGCAUAUUUAACUACAACAAUAAGUUCGGUUAUUUAUAUUGUAUACAAUAUACAAAUUAAUAUAUAUCCUGAACAAUAUGGAACGAAUAUAUUAUAUAAAUAUGGCGAUAUACUUUAUUUUAUUGGUGCUUGGUAUUAUAUAUUUGCUGGAUUACGUGAUGAGAAUUGUCUUUGGUUUUUACCAUUAGCUGGACAAUAUGGUGUAGCAGCGGGUAGUGUUCGAGUCGAAACAAAGAAAUUACCAAAAUAUGGAAAAUCACCUAUUUUGAUUACGGAUUUAUGUAAACGAAGACAACAUGAACAGUUUAAUAAUAGCGAUGAAUUGAAUAUGGCGGCCGAUCCUGCGACAAUACCUUCUAUUUGA